ACCAGUGCUCCAGAAUUGGGUGCAGACAAGGGGGUCCUGAGAGUGCCCAGGUGGCCUUCCCAGAGGAGGGUCUCGCAGGGCCCGGGCAGCUCCUUGGAGGCCCCCUCCGCUCAGCGCCCGGCUCUCACAGGUCAGCCAGGAGCUGCCCUGUUGUGUUUGAUCAAUUUUCAGCUUUAGGUCCUGAGAAAACUGAGCUGGGGCCCUGACUUCCUAAACUUUCCCUGUCAGCCGUGUCCCUUCCGUGGGCUGGGCUGCAGUGAAGCCUCCAGAAGCCCACAUGGAGCCUUCGGUGGAGUCGCUGCCACCUGUGACUUAGCAGGGUCUGGCAUUCCUGGGGCCCUGCUCUCCACUCUUCCCUGUCAUGCACCCAUUCUCAGAAGGCCAUGGGGUCCCCUCUGUGGCUGUUGGGGCUGAUGACUUAGAGAGGGUGGUGGGCAUUCUUGCCAUUGGCCUGCCCAUGCCACCUCAAAGCAGGAGGUCUCUGCUUUUCCCAACCUGAAGGCGUCUUCAUCAGCAACAGAGAGAACAGAAAAUGACUCCUCCGGUCCCACAUGGGAAGGAGAGUUGGUUAUCAGCGCGUGCUGUUGUCCAGUGAGCCCUGGGUGCUGGCACAGUGUGACACCACCUCCCCAGAUGACCAGUGAACUGUGACCACCUUGACUGUUCUCUCUUGGGGCUCAGCUCCCAAGCUGUACCUCCCAGCUGUACCUUCUGGGGUGCAGGCCCUGUGCUGGAAGCACCUAGAGUUGCUCCAGCUGGCAGUGCAGGGAGGUGCUGUAGGGUGACCCGUCGCGUCUCUGUGCCUUGGUUUCAUCAUCUUUAAAGCAGAGAUCAUCAUUCUUGCCCUAACCUGCUGAGAGAUUGCUGGGAAGAUUAGCGUCAGAUAACUUACAUGCAAGUUCUUUCUUUGGAACAAAAAACACCAGGCAAAUGUGAAGUUUGUCUUUAAGUCUGGCCCUUGAAGAAAGCAGCUGUUCUAGUCAAAGAAAGUGGUCUGCAACAUUUUAGGCAGGUGUCAUGACCUUCACUUGCGAAGGGUCAAGGCUCAAGAAUGGGACAUGGAUGCCCGGCGACCGAUGCCUUUUCAGUUCCCGCCCUUCCCGGAUAGGGCACCCGUCUUCCCUGACCGCAUGAUGCGGGAGCCCCAGUUGCCCACAGCGGAGAUCUCGCUCUGGACAGUGGUGGCCGCCAUUCAGGCUGUGGAGCGGAAGGUGGACGCCCAGGCCAGCCAACUGCUGAACCUGGAGGGGCGCACGGGGACGGCAGAGAAGAAGCUGGCCGACUGCGAGAAGACGGCUGUGGAGUUCGGGAACCACAUGGAGAGCAAGUGGGCCGUGCUGGGGACCCUGCUGCAGGAGUACGGGCUGCUGCAGAGGCGGCUGGAGAACUUGGAGAACCUGCUGCGCAACAGGAACUUCUGGGUCCUGCGGCUGCCCCCGGGCAGCAAGGGGGAGGCCCCCAAGGUUCCGGUGACUUUUGUCGACAUUGCUGUUUACUUCUCUGAGGACGAGUGGAAGAACUUGGACGAAUGGCAGAAGGAGCUUUACAACAACCUUGUGAAGGAGAAUUACAAAACCCUGAUGUCACUAGAUGCGGACGGCUCAGUGCCCAAGCCAGAUGCCCCGGCCCAGGCUGAGCCCAGAGAAGAGCCUUGUGUGUGGGAGCAACGUCACCCCGAGGAGAGAGAAAUCCCCAUGGAUCCGGACACAGGAGCAGAGCCCCUGGUGCCUGCACAGGACGCGUCCUCCCAGGUGAAGCGAGAGGAAGCUCUGUGUGGCCGGGGCCAGCGCGGCCUGGAGGAACGAGCCGUCCCCACGGAAUCCAUCACUGACUCCCCGAUUUCUGCCCAGGACCUCUUGUCCCGGAUUAAGCAGGAGGAGCACCAGUGUGUGUGGGACCAGCAGGAUUUGGCAGACAGAGACAUUCCCACGGACCCCAACUCAGAGUCUCUCAUCUCAGCCCAUGACAUUCUGUCGUGGAUCAAGCAGGAGGAGCAGCCGUACCCGUGGGGCCCACGUGACUCAGUGGAAGGAGAGCUCGGAUUGGACUCUGGCCCCAGUGACAGCCUGCUGAUGGUGAAGAACCCGCCUCCGGCCCCACCACAGCCCCAGGCCCAGGCCCAGGCCCAGGCCCAGCCGCAGCCGCAGCCCCAGCCGCAGAGCCUGCCCCCGCUGGCAGUGGCCGAGAACGCGGGCGGGCCCCCGAGCCGCGGGCUGCUGGACGACGGCUUCCCUGCGCUGCCAGGGGGAGGCCGGUGCGGGCGAGCGCCGCGGCGGGCGGCGCGGCGCGGCCGCGGCACGCUGGCACGCGCGGGCACGGGCGGCACCUGCGGCAGCUGCUGUCCGGGCGGCCUGCGGCGGAGCCUGCUCCUGCACGGCGCGCGCAGCAAGCCCUACUCGUGCCCCGAGUGCGGCAAGAGCUUCGGCGUGCGCAAGAGCCUCAUCAUCCACCACCGCAGCCACACCAAGGAGCGGCCCUACGAGUGCGCCGAGUGCGAGAAGAGCUUCAACUGCCACUCGGGCCUCAUCCGCCACCAGAUGACGCACCGCGGCGAGCGGCCCUACAAGUGCUCGGAGUGCGAGAAGACCUACAGCCGCAAGGAGCACCUGCAGAACCACCAGCGGCUGCACACGGGCGAGCGGCCCUUCCAGUGCGCGCUGUGCGGCAAGAGCUUCAUCCGCAAGCAGAACCUGCUCAAGCACCAGCGCAUCCACACGGGCGAGCGGCCCUACACGUGCGGCGAGUGCGGCAAGAGCUUCCGCUACAAGGAGUCGCUCAAGGACCACCUGCGCGUGCACAGCGGCGGCCCCGGCCUGGGCGCUCCGCGGCCGCUGCAGCCGCCGCCCGAGCGGGACUAGGGCUGGGCUGGGGGAGGGGCGGCCGGGGUCCUGGGCCGGGCCCUCCCGCCCGCCGGGCGUUCUCGGGGCGCCUUCCCGCCCUCUACCGGCCACCUGCUGGAAAUCGGGAACAGGAAUUGCACUCCAGGCGGGGCCCCGAGGGCUGGGCAGGGGCACCCCAGACCCGUCUGGUCGGAGUGGACAGCCCAGCUCAUCUCAUAGGGUGGACCGAGUGGCUGGGGAGGUGCCGAGGGACCGCAAGGAGGCACCGCCCUCAGGCCACCUGGGCCACACAUGGUGAUGGGGGAGGCGACCAGGGAGUCUAAACCCUUCUGAGAUAAGGAAAUAAGGUCCUAAGGCUAGGGGAUGCCCCGAAAAAGGAAGGGAAGGCCUGACGGCGAGCUGAGGGUUGCGCUAAGGGUAACAUCUUUAUUAUGAGAACACUGCCUCGCGUUGGAAUAGCGCUUUAUACUUUUUUAAAAGUAUUUUCUAUCCGUUAUCUAUUUUCACCCUUAGCCUAUCCCUCUGAGAUAGGUAGGGUAGGAUUUUCUUAACUUGGUGACUGAGGAAACUGAGACACAGGUGAGACGGUUUACCCACGAUCACGCAGGAAGAGGGGCGCAGCCGCCCAGGCGCCCGCCCAGCGUGGUGUCCCCACCACACACGCUGCCUACCUCGGUGGCCGGAGAGACCGCUCUGGCCUGGCCUUCCUGGGCUCUCCUCCCCUCGACCCACCAACACAAACAAAAAACUCCAGAAGCAACUCAUGGGGUUACCGGGAUGGGGGACAGACUGGCUACAAAACACCCCAGGUUAUGCUUCUGGAAGGCUCUUUCAAGGUGAGAGCUUCUGGGUGGCAGCCCCCGAGCCCCCAGCCUCUGCUUCCCACUUCCAGUCCCUCAAUCUGGUGCAGCAGGUCUUUGCACUGCCCAAUAGUGCCCUGGCCCUCCGGAGGCAGCUGGCGCCCUGGGUCAGACCUCUCCUUGGUGAUUUAUUCCAGUUUCCCCAGGGCAGAGGGGUGAGGGAGAGGCUUUUGCUGCAAGAGCAGCUACCAGGAAAGUGAGUCUCUUCCCUGGAGUGCUGGGCAAGUGGGUGCUAGAGUGUGAGCCUCAGUCUCUCUGCCCUGGGCCUCCCAAUUGGUGCUAUCUGUUAACUGACCAUGCUCCUGGACAUGGACACAGACCCUUCUGUGCUCUGGACCCUGCAGGCGCCUUGGGAAGCGCCCAAAGAACUCCCUUUCAUGUUGGUGCAUCUGCUUCGCGGCUCCAGGCACCACGUCCCGAGGAGCCACAGCCCCAUUUCAGCAUCUUGCAUGGCCAAGCACCGGGGUGGGGUGGCAUGCCCUAGGACCCUGUUCUGUUUGUGUCAAAAAUGACUUUCCUGCUCUUCCCGCUUCUCUCCCAGCCGGGGCACAGUGGGCAGCCGGCACUCGGCACCACUUUUCUGAGCUCUCCGCUUCCGCCCUUGCCCUCAUCGCGCUGCUCUGCUUUCCUCAGACCCAUUUUUGCCGUGCAAAGGGAAUUCUUGAAAUUAAAUAAAAGAUAUCCAGAUUGCAGACUGCAUGUUCACACAGCCAGGGGGUUCUCCAGCUUGGCUUCCUACAGUAAAGCCUCAAUGAACUGGAAUCCA